CAACAAGCAAAAGGCAUGUUAAACACAAAUGCAGACUCAAAAAGGGCUGUGCACUAAAAUGUCAGUUGUGCUUUAUGUGAUAUCUUUGGUCUUCUCUGAAAUGUUUGGAAAUCUUCAAGGAAAGAUUUUGCAGCUAGAUUCUGUUCUGACUUUUAAAGAAGGAGAAGAUGUGGAGUUGACUUGCUUUCAUCCAAAAGAACAAAUGCACAAGGUGUUGUGGUACAAACAACCGGUGGGACAGAAGCCUUUACUGGUCAUCUCUUCAUAUCACUUAAGCCUACCCUUUAAUUUCCAUAAUGAUUUUGACAAGCUGAAACGUUUUCAUUUAUCAAGGUCAGCUGGCAGCUCAAAUUUAACUAUAACAAAAACUAUUCCAUCUGAUUCAGCAGUGUACUAUUGUGCUGGAUCUUUCUCAAAUAUUGUCAUCUUUGGUCCUGGCACAGUUUUGAUGCUGAAAGGUAAAGAUUCAAAUAAAUAUACUGUUGUACAGAACACCGUACCACAGCUACUUCAGCCUGGAGACUCUGUGACUCUACAGUGCACAGUCCUCUCUGAGAGAUGUGCAGGAGGACACAAUGUCUACUGGUUCAGAGAUGGCUUGAGAGACUCUCAUCCAGGAAUCAUUUACACUCAUGGAGACAGGAGUGAUCAGUGUAAGAAGAGCACAGAGCUUCACUCUCCUACACGGAGUUGUGCCUACAAGCUCCCUAAGAGGAACCUCAGCUCCUCUGAUGCUGGAACUUACUACUGUGCUGUGAGUGCAUGUGGAGAGAUCCUCUUUGGGAAUGGAACUAAACUAGACUUGGACGUUUUUUAUGUUUCAGGUGUGCCUGAUGGCAAGAGCAUAUACAUGUUCAUGAUAGUUGGCUUGGCAGUGCUAUUACUUAUAAGCUUGGCCAUCAAUAUUCUUUUAUGUGUAACACGCAGAAAAAAAGACACCCAGCGCAUUACAAACUGCCCAUCACAGCAAUUCAAUUCUAACGACACUAUGUCAGCAGCACAGUACCAUACAACUGAUGUGUUGAACUAUGCUGCCUUAAAAUUUACUGCACAAAGCACAAGAAUGAAGAGAGAGCGACACCAAGAGGAAACGCUGUACUCAGGCAUAACAUGUCAAAACCUUAUAUGAUACCCCUAAUUGUUCUCAUUUCCUGCUUUUAUUUGGCCACUGUCAGAAACUUGAAUUUACCAUAACUUGAAAACACAGGCAUGAGAACAAAAUUUUGAAACAAUUAUAAGGUGAAGUUAACUAUGCAUAUAAUUUCACAUCCCCAAUCCCCAAAUAUCACACUUGAAUAAUGAAAUGAU